AACAAAUCCAGAUGAACAGUUCAGCGUGAUUCGUUAAAAGUUCAUACAAGGCCAAUUUUUAUGCCGCCACCGUCGCAUCCUUCAGUUAGUGGGGAAAAUCAAACGGCGUCCACAUUCUCCCCUUGAUAAAUGCUAAGCUCACGACACAUUUUCACCUGUUAAGUUCAAAAUUUGAGUGGGAGACUCCCAUGGAAUGUGCAGUUCAAUGGGAGAACAGCAAACAGUUAUGCUAUCAGUUUUCUGGUGAAAUGCCCAAAAAUUUGUUCAAAAUGGUGUGAUAUGUAGAGGAUUUGCGUGAGAAAUGGCAGUGGAAGAAACAAGGCUUCUUUAAUCAGAUUUGCAUGAGCAAUGGCGGUGGAAGAAACAAGGCUUCUUUAAUCAGAUUUGCAUGAGCAAUGGCGGUGGAAGAAAAAGAUGAAGUACAGUUAGAGUUUAAAUCUGAUGACAACGCAUGGUACGAUGUGUCUUUAAAAAUAAAGGGUUCAGAGCUGUUGGUGCAUUACCUUCAGUUUCCAGAAGAAGAGGAUGACACGUUCCCUGUGGAGUAUUUUAAGAGCGUGGAAGAUUUCAGGUCGAGGUUUCGGUUUUCAUCACAGCAGCUUCAAGACCAGAAUUGUGGGAGAGUGAAAGGCCGCAUGAAUAUUUGCGCUUCCUAUGGCAAAGAAAACGAAGACAUACGAUUUUAUAACGCCGUUGUGAAACGGGUUUGCAGGUUCAAGCAUCAUCAGAAAGGUGGAGAGGAAGUGUGCAGAUGCACUUUUGAGGUUUUAUGGAAAGAUGGCCCUUGUGCAAAUAAAAAUACCUCUGUCACCUGUGAGAAUAUUUGCUUGCUGACUUCAGGAAACAUUGAAAGUCACCCCGUAGUUAAGGCAUUUGUGAAGUUGAUAAAGGAAAAGGUUGAGCAAGCUCUUCACACAAAUACUAUAAAGAAAAAGGUGGUCAAUUUCGAAGGAAACAAUACAACAAAUUACAAAAGUAAACAGGGAGAACCUGUAAAGACAGCAAGUAAUUUAGUAAGUAUUAAUGGUCAUGAAGGUAUCUGUAUCAUAUCAGGACAGGAGAGAGUGGAAAAUCUUUCAGACUCAUUUAAACAAAAUGUGGGACCCAGGAACGCAAUUGAGGCAGUCUUCUCUGGCAUAAAUGAGGUAGCUGCUAGCUCUCCUCAUAUGCCACCUAUAUCAUCACAAUCUUGCAAGAUGAAGGAGCUAAUUGAUGACAGGUUAAAUGCUGUAGAUAAUGAUGCUGUUAAUUCUGAGGUAUUGCUUCAAGAUCACCUUUCUAGUUCUGAGGUUAUGGGCUCACAAAAUAAUAUAUCUAGGUCCUCACAGGCAGAAAGUAGGGAACAAAUCCUAAAAACUACUGUUGAAGCCCCGCUUUGCACAAUUAUUGAAAGUACUAAUGAAGCUCCUCACAGUGAAGCGAUUCUUAUCAAAAGGGAAGAAACACACUUAGAUUCAUUGCGAAAGAAAAGAAAGGAAGAAAAACUUAGCUUGGAUCUUAACUCAGAAGUUGAAUUGGAAGAAGAGCAGCUUGACAUUCCUUCUCACAGUGAGGCAUGUCUUAUGAAACAGGAAAAAACAUUUGUAGAUCCAGUGAGAAAGGAACAAAAACUCAGCCUGGAUCUUAACUCAAAAGUUGAACUGGAGCAAGAGCAGCUUGACAUUCCGACAACUAGAGAUGGUUUUCAUAGCAACGCUAAUAAUGCCAAUGGAAAGGAUAAUGGGUUUUUAGGGGCCAGCAAAAAUGUUGUAAGUCCUGAAAAUCAAGGCCCUUUCCGUAGUGGCUGGCUUGAAGCAGAAGAUUGUGGUACCCUACACAUUGGAAAGGGUGGAUUUAAUGCUAUUAACAAUGAAAUUGCUGGUAAUUCUGAUUGCUUGAUUACAGAUAUCAGAAAUAAAGGGAGUGGGCUUUCUGAUGAUCAUGCAGUUUCUGCUUGCACAGGCAUCAAAAGACCUUCAAGUUAUGAUUUUGAAAAUUUAGGUGAACAAGUGACAGAGGGAGAGAAUACAAAUGAUGAAAAAAUUAGGGAGAAAAAAAGAGUCCUUGCUUCUUCUUGGGGUAAGGGUAAGCGGCAGAAGCAUAUAAGCAAUGAAUUAUUUAGUGGUGAAAGAAAAGUUCAGGACCAUAAUCAGACAAGUGAAAAUGCAAAUACUUCAAAGAAGUUGACACAAGAUGGUAAUGAUUUUGAUGGAGUUGAUUCAUUGAGCUCUAGCUAUUCGACACCACAUUUGAAAAACAGCACAAGUCGUGUUACAACAGAAACUCUGGACUUAAACAGGGAACCUGAUAAUCAUGUUCAGCUGGAGGAAGUUGAAUGCAAUCCUUUGUAUAUGGUCAAGUCUGAAGGUCAAAAGAUUAUACCUCCCAUUCAAAAAGAUUACAACCACUAUGCUUCUGAAAAGAGCAAUUAUUGCUCUGAUUCUUCAGAUGCUUUUGAUAGUGAGCAAGAUCUUGAAAAGUGCCAAUGUCAUUUGACUUCUAAAGAAUGUGAAUCACAUCCUUCGGGGUGCAGAUGCUGUGAUCUACAUUGUUGCAGUGCAAAUACAUUAUCGGAAGAUGAAUCAUUUGAUGUGGAGGUAACCAGUUGCAAUUUUUGUGGAAAGUAUUUGAAACCAAUUCUAUUGAACAGUAGAACAAGCACAAGGAUUUGCAAGGACCCUCAAGAAGCUAGAUGUGGAUGCAAUGGUGCUGGACUUGGACAUUGCAGUGAAGGUAUAGGAGCUGAAGAUAGACAUGUUCAUUACUCAGAAGUUCUAGUUUUGGACAAUCUUGAGAAAGAUGUGAGGCCUUCUGAUGUGAAGAAGGUUAUGGCUUGUGUGACUUGUGCUGUUCAAGUCUAUAUUUUUCCAAGCCUCAAAGUUGAACAGUUCACAAGAGGGUUUGUAUGGUUCCGAGAUCAUUCGAGUUUGAUGAAGGCUUUUGCCUUUUUGCAGAAUGAUGAAUUUUUUAUUAUAUCGUCAAAUGGAAGGCCUUGGGUUGCCCUACUGCUACAUAUUGACAAUGAAGUUUGCAAAGGCAUCUUUGGAGGAUGCGACAUAGAACCAGAGGACACUAAACACUGUUGCCUAAAGACGCUCUCUAGCAAGAUUUCGCGCGUCCAGAGAGGAACAGACGAAUAUGAAAGAGCAAAGAUAAGGAAAAAUAUGUUUUUAGAGUUUAAGGAACAUCUUGCAAUUCUUCAUAAAAGAUUAGAGCUCGAGCUUGAAGAGUGCAGUAGGCACUGAGUCUGGGAACUGGUUGUCAGUUAUAGUGUGGCACCUUUUCAAUUAUUUGCCAUCAUAUGUUGUAUAUUGUAUCCCGUUAUGGUGCUUGCAAUUGCAAGUGAAGUAGUGGCACAGCAAGAUCAGAAAAUGGCGGUCUUGGUCCACUCAGUGAUAUGCUAUAUGAACCUCUGGAAUUUUGACUUCAUGAAGAAAGUAGUCAAUGUACAUUAUAUUUCUAUACAGCGAUGUGGAUAUGCUACGGAAGGAUAUACCAGUCUCCUUUUCAGGAGUUCUGAGUGCAACUGCUUUAGCCGAGGUGGGCAUUAAAGACCAGUUUCAGUAUCAUCUCUCCUCAGAAAGUGCUCGCCUCGGAUGCAUAUUUUUGAUUAAAUUUUGGAUUAAUAAUAUAAUUCGAGAAGUUAAAUCAUCUUGAGAUGAGUUUUAAAUUA